AUGAAUACCACCGGACUUCGCACCAAGGGGCUCCGUCCCGGCUUUGGAAUCGAAGUACACAAUUUCCCACUUCACCCAACUUCACUCAACCAAAACGCCCGUCUAAUCGAAGACCUCGUCAAGGAAUACGGCUUCCUCGUCAUACGCAAAACCAACCUAACAGACGAAAUCCACAUCGCCCUAGCCCGUCACCUCGGCGACCUAGACGACGUCAACCCCUACAACAAAGCAGGAAACAUCAAAGCAGACGCAUCGGUCGUCGACCGCAAGUCCCCAAGCACCCAGGCUGGAUUAGACAAUGCCCUCUUUCACGUUGAUUCCAGCUUCAACCCUAGACGGGCGGAACAUUCUCUGCUUCUGGCUCAUGAGUUGCCCCCAAAAGGUACGGGCGGUAAUAGUCUUGAGGAAAUGAAGGUGGAAUUGGUCGAGAAAGAUUACAUUGCGUGUCAGUCUAUCCUGCAUUCCAAAAAACUUGCCGCCCCGGAGCACUUUGCAGACAUCGAGCCCACAGAUAAUCCCAUGGGACGACACAAACUCGUCCAAAAUCACGAGCCCUCCGGGCGGAUGAACCUCUAUCUCGCAGCACACAUCCACCACAUCGAGAACCUCGCCGUGCCGGACUCAAAGGCUCUGUUCGAGAGGCUUUUUGAACACGCCACGCAGGAAAAGUACCGCGUCACGGUGGAGUGGGAGGAUGUUGGAGAUUUGGUUGUUUGGGAUAAUACGUGUACGAUGCAUCGCGCCAUGGGCGGAGAGUUUGCGCAUCGGUACAGGAGGGAUAUGAGGAGGGCUACUGUUCAUGAUGGGAGUAGCCUGGCGUGA